UUCAGGAAAGGAACUAGAAAGGAAUGGCAUUCAUGUAAUUUACAUGAAGAGCAAAGGUCGUCAACAUCUUAUAUACCACUGUCCAACACCGAAACCCCCUUUUCCUUCUUCCACCUCUCUCUCUCCCGGAGUUUGUGACCGAACAAUGGAUGAAAGGCCUGUCACUCUAGACCCAAUCCUCACCGGCGACGGCGACGAUGGAACCACCGAUGCUCACAGCACCCACCGCAACAACCACGAAGAGAAAGCUGUUGAAUCUGAUAACAUGAAGGAACAGCCCCCUACUGCGAGAAAAGAGAGGUCGGAUUCUUCUAAUUCUCCUCAGGAUGCUGCUUCUAUUCCUCAUCCAAGGGAUGCCGUUGCUGGUGGAGACCGCACUGUCUACUCACCUAGUGUUUAUGCUCCUCAGGCGCAGGCCUUCUAUUAUGGAGCAACAGGCUAUGACAAUGCCGCUGGUGAAUGGGAUGAAUAUCCCCCAUAUAUUAAUGCUGAAGGACUUGAAAUUGGAUCUCCUGGUAUCUACAACGAAAACCCUUCUCUUGUAUUUCAUGCUGGUUAUGGUUACAGUCCACAAAUGCCGUAUGGACCAUAUUCCCCGGUCACAACUCCUCUACCGUCUGUUGGUGGAGACGCCCAGUUAUACUCUCCUCAGCAAUUUCCAUUCUCAGGGCCACCUUAUUACCAGCAGCUAGUUCCUCCUAGCAUGCCUUAUAUCACUUCACCAACUCCAGUUUCACAACCUGAAUUGACCAGCUUAGUGACUGUUGAUCAACAAGGUGAAGGAAUGCUUUUUGGGCCCAGACCUGGUUAUCCCCCUCCAUUGGGAUCUUUUGGUAGAGGCAACUUUCCUGGAAAUCCUGGUACUCUUGGUUUUCAUGAUUUGCAGCAAGGAUUUGAUGGAUUCAGAUCUGGCGGACUUUGGUCAGAUUGGCCAAAAUCUUCAGACAGGCAGAGAUCUUUGACGCCAUUGUCACCUGCAGUUUCUCCACAACCAAUUGGCACACUAGGCUCAUUUGGGCAAAAUAUUGGAAUGGCUUCUCAGCAGCAAAGAUCAUUUUAUGGGUUUGGAUCCAGUUCAAAUUCCUAUAACAGAGGUUACCUGCAAGCUGGUUUUAAUCAGGGCUCUAGCUUUGGAAGUGCACCUAUUUCCAGUUUGGGAAUGAAUGGUCGGGCCUGGCUUUCUCUUGACAGCAGCAGGCGGCGUGGCAGAGGCAGUGGCUCUCUUUGCAGUUGUAAUGGCACACUUGAUAUCCUCAGUGAGCAGAACCGAGGACCGCGGGCCUCAAAGCCAAAGAGUCAGAUCACUGCUGAACAUGGUUCUUCCAUUGAUAAUAACAAACAUAGCACAUCAACCGCCAAAACCAAUGACGGGUUGUACAACCAGCUGAGCUUUGUCACAGAGUACAAAGAUGCAAAGUUCUUUAUCAUAAAAUCUUACAGUGAAGAUAAUGUUCAUAAGAGUAUUAAAUAUGGUGUCUGGGCCAGCACGCCAAACGGGAACCGAAAGUUAGAUGCUGCUUAUCGUGAAGCAAAGGAGAAGCAAGCCGCCUGCCCAGUCUUCCUCUUGUUUUCGGUGAAUGCAAGUGCACAGUUCUGUGGGGUAGCUGAAAUGGUUGGUCCAGUAGAUUUUGACAAGAGUGUGGAUUACUGGCAGCAAGAUAAGUGGAGUGGGCAGUUCCCUGUCAAGUGGCAUAUAAUCAAAGAUGUCCCAAAUAGUCAGUUUCGUCACAUUGUACUUGAAAAUAAUGACAAUAAGCCUGUAACCAACAGUCGCGACACACAAGAGGUGAAACUGGAGCAGGGUAUUGAGAUUUUGAACAUUUUCAAGAACUAUGAAACUGAUACAUCCAUUCUAGAUGAUUUUGACUUCUAUGAAGACCGGCAAAAAGCCAUGCAAGAGCGGAAGGCCAGGCAGCAGGCCAGCCUGAUGGUGGUUGGAGGAAAUGAGCACAGAAACGCUGUUACAUUGUCCACCGAUUUCAUCAAGCAGAUGUCCAAGAGCUACGCUCAGGUUGUUCGCCUGGAUGAUUGUGGCAAGGAUGGCACCAUGCCCGACAGAGCUGGCCCUGCCUCCGACCCCUCCAUGGGUGCUAGGGUUAAACUUGAUGACGCCAUGACCACCGCUGCUGUGUCUUCUGCUCAGUCCAGUUAGAAAGAUCGAGUCUGCCCCAGGCGUCUUCUGCAGACUUUGCUGUAAUGUAUAUGACACAAACCUCUGAUUCUCUACACAUCAAGCUCUAAAUUAUGUUUCGCUGAGAAGAGCGAAGAUCGGUGUCCGUCUGCCCUCAGAAUUGAUCGGGAGUUUGACGGGGCUGAUCUAUCAGGCUUCAUGUAUCAUAUUGUGCCAGCCGGGUGCCGCCUGUCGAUUGUAAUCCCUAGUUUUUCCCCCCUCUAUUUGUCCUUUGCUUUAUGUUUCUUGUCUUUUUUUUUUGAAUCAGAGUAGUCAUGUGAAGAUGCUGGGUGGAAGUUUCUGAGUUUGUAAAAUUCACCAUCUUUGCAGGCAGUUUUAAUAAAAAGGAAUGCAGCAACAGACCUUGAUGUAUGAAUUCAGCAAAAAGGAAAAAUCCGUCUUCUCUCAA